AGUGUGGACCAAGAGGAACCAGAACCUCUGCAGAUAAAAGAAGAGCAGCAAGAACCAGAACAUCCCUGGACAAAAGAGGAAACCAUGGAGGUCCUCAUUAGUGAGCAGGAAGAGCAGCUUGUUCUGAAGCAGGAGGCUGAAGAUAAAGAAGAGGAAACUUUCCCAUGUUUGACAUGUGGAGAAAACUUUCUUAAAAAAGAACAUUUAAUGGUUCACAUGAGAACUCACACAGGUCAGAAGAUUUAUGAAUGUCUGUCCUGUGGAAAAAUGUUCACAAAGAAAUCUAAUCUUGAUAGACACAUCAGAAUCCACACAGGUGAGAAGCCUUUUUCCUGUACAAUUUGUAACAAGAAUCUUACUGAAAAAAGUCAUUUGACUUCUCACAUGAGAAUUCACACAGGAGAGAAUCUUUUUGUAUGUCUGUCCUGUGGAAAAAGCUUCACUAAGGAAUCUAAUCUUGAUAGACACAUCAGAAUUCACACAGGUGAGAAGCCUUUUUCCUGUUCCAUUUGUAACAAGACUUUUACUGAAAGAAAUAAUUUGACUACUCACAUGAGAAUUCACACAGGGGAAAGGCCUUUUGAAUGUUCGUCCUGUGGAAAAAGCUUCACACAGAAAUCUGAUCUUGAUAGACAUAUCAGAAUUCACACAGGUGAGAAGCCUUUUUCUUGUACCAUUUGUAACAAUAAUUUUACUGUAAAAAGUAGUUUGACUAAACACAUUAGAACUCAUACAGGUGAGAAACCUUUUGAAUGUCUGUCCUGUGGAAAACGCUUCACUUGUAAGUCUGAUCUUAAUAAUCACAUCAGAAAUCACACAGGUGAGAAGCCUUUUUCCUGUACAAUUUGUGGAAAAACUUUUACUUUAAAAAGUAUUUUGACUACACACUUGAGAAUUCACAAAGGUGAGAAGCUGUUCUCCCGAAUGAUUUGUGACAAAGGUUUCAAAUGAGGAGGUAAUUUUACAGAGGACAUUUAUUCAUGCAUGAUGUGGAAUGAUUUAUAUUUUUAAUAAAGCAUUUGUUUCACAUAAUUCACAGCAGUUAGAUGCCAUAGGAAAGAACAGUAGAGGCGUUUUCCAUGUUUGACUGGUGAUAAAAUGUCCAUAUAGAAACUCCUUCACCCCCUUACAUGAGAAACUCACAGGUUAAUGGCAAAGUUUUGUUAGUUAACUUAAUUAACAGUUCUGUUUACAUGGAAACUAGAACAGAUGAGAUGUUAUAUUGUAAUUCUAAUAAAUAUUCAGGUAUUCAGAAUAUGUGGAUGUGAAAAAUUUUAAAGUUAAUUAUUUUGAGUCUCAGUAAAUUUCAUUUAGUUGGCCAAAAUGAGAAUGUUGCCCUAACAAAAAUAUUUCUUACUUUCUCUGUAAUAAAGGAAAACAUCUUGGUGACAGAUGAAGCAAGUUUGCUAAACUAUUGGUUGGAUAUAUUCCAGAAACACUUUUAUUCAGAUUAAAAUAUCCUCAAAUGAAAGUAAAGCAAAGGUAGAACAGUUUUAAUGAGCUUUGCUCAGUUUUGCUGAUGUUUUUGGAGGAUUUUUUAAGAGGUCAGCUGCAAAUGAUGAGAGUUUAGCUAAUUCAGUGUCUUGUUGGCUUUCAUUAGCAAUGCAUCAAUCAGCCCUGCUACGUGUGUUGUUGAAUCCAGGCCCACCAAAACUCCAACUGUUUUUGGCCCAGUGUUAGAGCUAUGGUCAAUGGAUAUUAGAAUGAAGUAGAUCAUCUAUAGAGGAGUCUCAGAUGAAGAUUUGGGACAUAUAUAAGUGUGUGUCAGUCUCAGAGUUAGUCAGCUACAAGCUAAUUAAUGUUGCAAAGUAGCUCCAGCCACCUUGAAAGGGGGUGCUGGGAUUAUGGGGUUAAACUACGGGACAUCAAAGAACUCAGUUUAGAGGCUGGAGUCUGUAGUUCAGGUAAAUUGAAGUCCUAAAAUGAUGAAACAUGUUUGUU